UUACGAACAAGGGAAGUGGCACACCAAAAGUAAAGUGCCAUGUGAAUGGAGUGAACACAUCAUUGUAGUUUAGUAUCACUGUAUACAAUAGUCCCUGCAAUCCUUGCGAAAUGAUUUCGCCAGGCGUGUGUGCAGCAUUAUUUAGUGUCUUAGUGUUAAAUAGCUAUAUAGUCCAAGUACGAAGUGAAUUAUCAGCCGCAGAAGUCGCUGGAGAUUCGAGCGCUGCCCAGCUGCUGCCCAGUUCCUGUCGCAAUGGAUUGAAUGGCAGUAGCUCCGGCCCGGAAAUCCGUCUGCCCUUUGUGGACAUGAUGGUGCGCCACGAGAGGCCACUCUUUGUGCUCCGCGAACCGGAAGAGGAUCUACUUUUACUACUCCAUGGUCACGAGAUUUUUCAGCUGCACGUGGCCACUGGCGAGAGGCGUCUAGUGCCGCUUGGUAACCUGGCGGGCCAGGUCAGUGGUCGCAGAGCUCUCGGAGCAGAGGUAGUGGCUUGGCGGGAGUUCCUGCUCCUUGCCAUUGUUCUGGAUGACUCAAUGGAGGUUUACCACCUGCCCAAGGAACUGCUACUCUCCGAAGAUCCAGCCACACAGCUGAGCUUUGAGCCCCUGCAGGAGUUCUCUCUGCCAGGUGCUUUCCUACAGCUGCACCUUCUGAAACCCAGUGGAGAUCAGGUGCUCCUUCUAGUGGCCUCCAAUCAUACCAGAUCACACAGCAAAUGCAGAACCUUUGAGUGGCUGGACACCUACUUUAAUCCCCUCGAGGAGAUCACUCUACCCGCCAUUCGCGUUCUCCAAGUGGUUGGUCGUCAGCCACUUUAUAUCAUUUUUGGCCGAUCUUUAAAGGGUUCCCAGUCAAAGCUGGUGCUCACUGUCUACGAGCUGGAUAGAAACAGCCGUAUCCUGCAACAUCGCCAGGCUUUGACAGUUCAGGCGCAAAGUGUCCAGGCUGCCAGAUUUCACGGGAGGAACUGCCUUUUCGCCUGUAGUUCCUCCGCAUCUGCCUCGUGUAUUUUCUUCCGAAUGGUGGAUGGACAAUUUGUGGUGUACCGAAAGCAUGCUCGAAAGGAUUUGAGUUUCCGUCGAUUGAGUGCCACCAAAAAGGGUCACCUUUUGAUCGGUGCCCGUGCCAAUAGCGAGGUGAUCGUCUUUAGCUCCACUCGCCUGGAUUGCUAUAGUGGAUUUCAGGUGGCUGGAGAAGCGGAUCCAAGUGGAUUACUUAUUCAUAAAAACUUGCGCAAUGAGACCUUCCUUUUACUGGCCUAUCGAAGAUCCUCGAGUGAUCUGAUCCGAACUGUGCAAUUGGGUGGCGUGGAAGAAACCACCAACCAAGUGGGCGCUGCUCCAGAUGAAGAUCUAAGUGUGGUCCAAUUGCAUCGUCACGAGUUCGAGGAGUCCAUCAAUGCCUUACGUGGCCUCCUGCUGCGCCGUCGUUCCUCUACAGAAAACCUGAGAAACCUUGUGGACAUCUUAAAACGUAAAUCGGCCAUCCACCUCGAUAAGCCACUGCAUCUGGUGCAGCAAGGACACAUAGGAAGACUUCAGUUGGUGGACGAACACCUGCGCACGCCCACCCAGUUAAAGCAGCGCCUGGAGGAACUUCGUCAACGAAUUAAAGCCAUCCAGACCAGGCGAACCACUCGCUCUUUUGGGACAGGAAACGAGAACGGUGAGCCGGAGACACUCAAAGCGCGACGAUUGCGCGUCGGAAAUCUUAUCUACAAGGGUCAGCUAAUUUCAGGCCACAUUUUGGAUAACUCAAAACCACCUAUGUUGACCAUCAGAAACAGUCCUUUGCAGACCAAAAAGCUUAAAGCAAAUCAAUUGGUUAAUCCCCAAGAUUUCCGCAACUCCAGUGGUGCCCAGAUUGAGCCUGAGGAAACCAGUGGCAGUGAAUGUGUAGUUCGUCAUCUCCGAGUGGAACAGAUAAACGGAGUGCAGUGGAAGGACUUUUUGGACUCGCUCUUCCUGCGCAGUCGUGACACUUCGAUAGAAGGACGCUUGGUUAUGCAAUCGCGAGUCCGGGUGAACAGUCUAAAGACACCUCUGCUCAACGGACUCGUGGUGGAUCGUCUCUUUAAUCUGCGGCGUGCCCAGGUGAUCAGUUCGAAUAUCUACAUGUCCGCCUUCUUUGCUCCACGUUUGGAGGCUCAGCAAGUGAAUGGACUUGACUUUGCGCACGAUGUACUUCAUCGCGGUAGCAAUGAUACAUGGAUAAAAACUCCUGUUCGCAUCAAUCAGAUGAGUGUUUCGGGUGACAUUCUGGUGGGCACUACGAGCAAGUGGCAGCCACAGCCCAGACAACUCGACGAUCCAAUGGAACAACGUCUUCAACAGUACUACACGGGCAGGGUAACCAUCCGCGGUUCCCUGACGGUCAGAAAUGUCCUGCGGGACACGGCAAACUCACUUAUAGUACUCGGAAACCAAUCUCUCUCCAGAAAAGAUAUACAAUCUACGUAUCUUCUAGAUCACACGCCACAGAACCUCACUAACUUGACCUUUGGACAUGCCAGAGUUAGUGUUCCCUCAAUGACCACCAGUUAUAUUGAGGGACAUCCUGUGAGGGAUCAUCUCCUAAGCGGAGGACAGCAGAACAUACAUACUCACCCAAAUAACACUCUACACAUCAUCUUUAUGAAUGCAACCAUACUGGGCGAUGUUAUUUGCAGGGAUUACAGUUCCCGUUUGGCGGAGGUCGCAAAGGAUGCAGUGAGUCAUGGAGACGUGGUUAAUAUCACGGGGCACAAACACUUCCAGGCACCUUUAACUGUUCAAGCACUUCAAGCCAAUGAAAUAAACGGAGUACCAGUUAGUGAAAUAGUGCUGAAAUCAAACACCACCCAAAACUUUACGGGUACGAAGACCUUUGCCCGUGUGGUGGUGGCGAAUGAUAUCAACGUUCAUGAUCACUUGAAUGUGAGUCGUCUUAAUGGAUUGCCAUUGCAACAGCUGCUUGGUCACGAUAUCAGCCUGCAACGCAUCGAACUAACAGAAACCCCACAUCUGGAGAAUCUUAAUUUUCGUCGACUUAAUGGAUUGCCCUUCGAUGAACUGCUGUCCAAAAUUUCGGAGGAUGGUCAACAGCCCCUACUUCUUCACAAGCAACUACUGAUCGAAGGAAAUGUACGGUUUGACAAGGCUCUCCAAGUGCAGAACAUUAAUGGAAUCCAAUGGGACGAGUACCUAGAUCGCCUGGUGAGAUCUGAUUCUAAUGCGGAAAUACGGGGUAAAACGACAUUCAUGGCUGAUGUCCAAAUAAAUGAUGCCCUGCAAACUCCUCACAUAAAUAAUUUGGAUCUGAGUUCCCUGCUCGACAACACCUUAUUGCGAAUGACACCCCAGCAAAUCAGUGGUGCCUACACUUUCGACCGCAUGAUGGCCACCAAUGUGGAUGUAAAUCGAAUAAAUGGGGUACCCAAGGAAGAAUUUAUAGACACACGCAAAGACUUAAAACUAAAAGGAGAUCUCUACCUAAAGAAACUGAACAUCAAUGGCAGCCUAAAGUGUCCCUUUGUCAAUGAGGCAGUUUUAAAGGAUAUCAAGCAACGAGUGGAGCAAGUGCAGCAACUUCCCUGGCGGAAUUUGAUAGUCACCGGCGAUGCUCUAUGGGAUGGUGAAGAGCAGUCCCAAUCCCAGCUAGACUACCUACGCCAGCAUGCAGUCAGGAGAGAGGGCAACCAGACUAUUUCCGGACACGUUCUACUGAAGGAACCCUACUUAAAGGACAUCCAAAGCAAGCAGUCCCUGCCCAUUGAUCUUAACUUCACCCACCUGGCCGAAGAUGCCCUACUCCGCCGGAGCCCCACAAACGAAACCCAGGUGAUAACAGCUCCGCAAGAGCUACUGGGAUUAGUUAGAGCUAAUACCCUACAUUUGGAGCAGGAUGCAAACUUUGAGCUGGUAAACGGAAUCGAUAUACGACGAUUCAAUGCCUCACUGUACCGCCUCUCCAGCGGAGAAGCCAUUGCAGCGGAUCUUCACUUUCAUCAGGCUCCCAAAAUAGGCAAACUUCAACUGGAGUAUCCAGAAGUGAAUGGAGCUCCGAUAGAAAGUAUAUACCAGCAGGGCAAGGGGCAAUCCUGGCCACCCGUAACGUUCAAGAACCUCUUAGUCGAACAGGACCUGAAUCUGAAAACCGUAAACAACAUGAAUCUGGACUACUUCCUACAACAUCGCAUUCCCUUAAAGGGAGCCGCGUUGGAGGUGUUCGGAUCACUGACUUUUGAGCACCUCCAGCUGGGUGGAAAGCCUCUUCUACGUUCUAUCAAUGGCAUUCAAUUGGAUAACUUGGUGUUUCGGCAUAGCAAUCGGACGCAGAGCAUCACGGGUGCCAAGACUUUUCGUGGAGGGGUGGAGUUCACUGGACCGGGUCAUGUGAUGAAUCUGAAUGGACGUGAGCUUAGCGAAAGUUUCAGGAGCAGCAUCUUUCGAAACAAGGACUACAAUAUCGAUAGUCUAGUUCUGGACAAAGCUCUCUUCCCAGGAGGACUAGUUUUGGCAGGACUUCAAAGUCAAAUUUCCAAUCGAAUGCGAGCGAUGGAAGUGCAAAGCAAUCCGUUAGAGGAGCUCCAAGAACUUCUAGCAUUGGGCAAUCAAAGCUCGUCUAGGAGGCUACUUUACCUGGACCACGACACCGAAGGUCUGGAGUCUACUUGGGUAAAAGGCCCUUUUAAGGGAUCUUCGGAACUGCAGGUGAGCUUGCCCUUAGCUUAUUCUGCUCCCUGUCAGCGUAGGACUUUACAAGCCAAGCUCCUGAUCCCCGAACGUCGCGUCCUCCUGGCCAACUCGAGUGUGUCCAAUCAACUGAUGAGACUUCACUCCGGAGAUAUCCGCGUGAAGGUGCAGAACCACUGUCAUCGCCCAGCCCGAAGAUUGCGAAGCAGGAUCCGAAUUAGUUGCCGUAAUGAAACACAUACGCUGGGAAUGCGUCAAUCAGUGGAAGCCAUGGAACUGCUGGAAAUGGGGGAGAUGGUGCUGCUGCUCUUGGGCACCGAUGAGGAAGUUCGUGUCCUGCGUCUGAAGAGGAGCAACUGUAGUCUCACCGAUUGGCAAUCCCUGCUACCAGCAGAUGGGCGCCUUAUGAAGUUGGUUCGAAUGGGAGUAGAGUCCCGACAGGAUCUAAUACUCACCAGUGGCAUGAGUAAUCAUCGUCCUGUCCUGGCCAUCCAUUGUAGGGAUCCCUUAAAUCAUAACUUCAAAGUGCUUCAACUGAUCCAGGGCUCCUAUGACCUGGCGGAGAUGCAGGGAAACCAACUUCUGGUCAGCUGCCUGGGUUGUCGCCACAUAGCAAUCUUUAAACAGAACUCUCACUCCGCGGAAAUUCACUUUGAGCCCAUCCAGCAGUUGAGCUUCCAGGAGCGCAUUCAACACCUAACUCCAUUUAAAGUUGGAGAUGAACAAUACCUAUUGGUAGUGACGCAGCCGGAGGAAGAGCACUUCUACCUCUUCAGCUAUAAUCAAGUGGGCGGUUGGCAACAGCGUACGUUUGGCAUUAAAAAACAGGACCAGUGGGCGUGGUCACUGGUGAAAUCUGGUCAAAUACUGGAAUCCGCCGAGACCCCGAUUCUGUUGCUCUGCGGAAAAAGAGAGGAAUGUAGUCUAGUGAAAGCCCUAUUGGGCUGAAAU